UCGUAAAUCUCAGCUAGCGAGAGUGAAUGCAGUAAAACACAAUACGCUGCUUCAUCCUUUGCCAGUCUAUGCAAUGAAGGUAGGAAUCACGUGUUUGUAUUCAUACAGAUUUUUUUGAAAUCACUAACACGAAAAUAUGCUUUUUGUGAACGUGUCGCGAAAAGCAAAAAAAACAAACAAACGUCAGUCACGUCACGUGACUGUCGUAAACAAAUGACCUGUCAAACACGUUGAGCUGACUCCUGGUGCUGUAAUAAUCCACCAUGCGCCCAUCUUCUUGUGACACCUUUGUGGCUCUGCCUCCUUCCACGCACGGACAACGCAUCAUUUUCGGAAAGAACUCCGACAGGCCUUGCGAUGAAGUCCAGGAGGUUGUUUACUUCCCUGCCUCAGACCAUCAAGCCGGGUCAAAGGUGGAGUGUACUUACAUGGAGAUCGAGCAGGUUCCCCACACCUACGCAGUGGUUUUGAGCAGACCGGCAUGGUUGUGGGGGGCAGAAAUGGGCGCCAAUGAGCACCAAGUGUGUGUUGGGAAUGAGGCGGUGUGGGGACGAGAGCGCGCUGAUGGUGAAGAGGCUCUACUAGGGAUGGAUCUUGUCAGGCUUGCACUUGAGAGGGCAGACACCGCUGAGAAAUCGGUGCACGUCAUCGCUGGGCUGCUGGAGAAACACGGCCAGGGAGGAUGCUGCUUGGAGGAGGAAGGUGGCUUCGCUUACCACAACAGCUUCCUGAUCUCAGACAGGAAGGAGGCGUGGGUGUUGGAGACCUCCGGGAAGCACUGGGCUGCAGAGAGAGUGGAAGGUGGCUAUCGCAACAUCUCAAAUGAGUACAGCAUCACAACAAAGAUUGACAAAGAACACCCAGACUUGCGCAAAUACGCACAAAGUAAAGGCUGGUGGAACGGAAAGGCUGAGUUCAACUUUGCCGCCGUCUACUCCUACAUGGACACUGCCAGAAUCGGAGCCUCUGGAAGUCGAUACUGCGAAGGGAAGAAGUUGCUGGAAAAGAGCAAUGGGAGCAUCUCUGCCCAGACGAUGAUGGACAUCCUGCGGGAUAAAGAGAGCGGCAUCAAUAUGGAGGGCAUGUUCAUGACAACAGGCAGCAUGGUGUCGGUGGUCCCGAUGGAUCGGGCUCUCCCUGGGGUUCACUAUUUCACUGCCACUCCAGACCCUGAAAGGUCUGUGUUCAAACCCUUCGCCUUUGCACAAAACACCAGCGGGGAUCUGAAGGAGACCACCUCCCCCAGUUACGGCCCAGACGACCCAGUAAAGAGGAAGCCGCGCUUCCAGAGUAAGCCCGACCGAAGGCACGCGUUGUUUGGCAAACACGAGGCGGCGGCCGCCGUCAUCGACACGCACAAGGAGCGAGGAGAGAAGAUCAUGCUCGGCAUGAGGAAGUUGGAAAGCGAGAGAAUGAAAGAGAUGGAAGAGAUUCUUCGUCAUGGUGUUAAGCAGCCUGACGUUUUGGUGGAUGUGUUCUCAAGCUGCGUGAAGGAUGAGAUGGAGCUGUACAGCAAAGGCUUCUAACUCACACAACGUCAGUUAUGAGCGUGCCUGAUCAAAUACAUGGAAAAUUCUAGAUUAGCUUCAUUGGUGAAACAUGGAAAGAAAUCAGGAAAGAUGAGGAAAAACAACUGCAGUAAUAAGAUUUAUUUGGAACAAUGAUAAAUAUGCAGCACUUUACAAAAUGUGUCACACAUUAACACUGACUUUAUUAGAAACAGCACAGGGUGUCCACAAAGUAUCAUGAGAUAUGUUCUAUGUAGACCGUGUUGUUAUCAAAGAUUUUAAUUUGUGUUUUUCCAGGUACGCUGUUGAUGAAAUGGGUUGUGCUCAAUCCUCAUUCACCCUUGCACUUCUUUCUAUGGGGUUAUGUUCUAGAUAUCAUUGCAUGGAACAAAGACUCGCCCACAGCCUGCAGCUAUGCUACAGUGAAUAUGGCAGGAAAUCCAGUAUCCCCUUCAUAUGCUUUGUGUAACUAAUGGUGCCCAUAUAGAGGUGUCUUAUAAAGAGGGGGAAAAAAAAAUCAAUAUCCACUCCUCAUUUUGUAAAAGUUGACUUAUUGUUUGAAUUGUUAAAUUUAGGGAUGUCCGAUAAAAUUGGCGAUACGGCAUAAAAAUUAAAUAUCGGAUUAUACUGUUAUCGUUUUUUUUGAAAAAUUGCAAGAAUGUGCAUUUUGAACUGUUGGAUAUAGGCUGUUCAUCAGCUGAUCAGACGUUUGAGGCCAUAGCUCAAAAAAAUGUGAAACCCCCCCUAAAAUUUAAAUAAAGUGUUGAAAACAAGCAGUCCGUAAUGAGCAGCUGUGCCAUUCUUGUUAAUGAGCUGAUAAAUGGGUUAGGGCCUGCUUGAUGCCAGUGUUUCCAGGAGGCUCGUGGGAAUGUUGCUGCAGGUGGUGAAGAUGGCUUCAUGGAGGUCAUCCACUGUCUGGAACUGAUGUCCAUUUUUGUAAACUUCCCUUGCCAUCCAUCCCAAAUGUUCUCCACUGGAUUUAGAUCAGGGGAACACACAGGAUGGUCCAAAAGAGUGAGCUUAUUCCUCUGGAAGAAGUCCUUUGUGAAGAGCAGCGUUGUCCUGUUCAAAAAGUCAUUACCACACAGACUAGGGCCUUCAGUCAUGAGGGAUGCCCCCUGCAACAUCUCCACAUAGCCAUCUGCCGUUUGACGCCCCUGCACAACCUGAAGCUCCGUUGUUUCAUUGAACGAUCAUGAUGGCGCCCCCUCCACUGUGCCGUGUGGAAAACAUCUCAGGCGGGAUCUCCUUGUCAUGCCAGUAACGUUGGAAGCCAACCGUCAAGCUUACAUUUUUCCUCAUCAAAGAAUAAAACUUUCUUCCACAUGUCCCGUGUUUGGUGCUCUCCUGCCAAGAUUUUGCCUUUUAAAGGCUGUGGUCUUAAACUUUAGAACAGCCUAUUUCACUUUAAUGCUUGUUUGCAAUAAACUGCUUACUCAAAACAUUUUUUUAUCUCAAUCCCAUUUCUUCUUUUUUCCAUUUUGAAGCUUUACUUAAAACCUCCUUAAGAUUCAACAGUGCAAAAUGUAAAGUACGCUGUGACACGUAAAUAGUACCAUUAGACGACUACUGGGAAACAGAUACCGCUGCACGCGCUUUCCAGCGACUGCAAAGUCACAUGGUGCUAAACAGGAAACAGAAAAACCAAAAUAAUAGCACAUAACAGGAAAUUACAUGAAAACUUAGGAAACGCUACACUAAAGUCCGACCUGUCAUGCGGAACAUAACGUCAGACUUCAGGAAGAAUCAGUUGGACUCACGCAGCGUUUUGGCGCUUUCUCUAGAACUUGUACUGCUUACUGUAUUGCAGUAUUUGUUUUAUUUUCCACAAAAUGUAGCACUUUUGUGAAAUACAUCCAGUAGAAGAAUCAUCAUGUCUUCAUUCCACCACAUCAGUUUGACGGAAGAGCCGAUAUCGGUAUCCGUAAUGAAGUGCUGGACGAUAUCGGUAAGAAAGCUGACACGGAGCGUCUCCACUUAAAUUUGAAAGAGACUUUAUGGACACCCUGUAUUAUUUACACUAGUUUGAAUACAUUCAUAAUUACUGUACCAUUAACCAUCCAUCUAGCAAUAGUUCAUUCAUCAAUUCAUUUCACCUGAGAGACAAAAAUGGGUAUUUAUUUUCACAUGGUGUUCAUCUAUGAUACGUCAUAUUUUUUAUGGCAAUUGAAGCAUGUGCUUGUUGCCACCCAAGCUAAUGUAUCCCUGAUAAAACAGUCACCAUUGCUUAGCAUAAUGUUAGCAUUGCCAUGGCAACUGUGCUACAAACAAAUCAAACGUUCAUAAGCUAAACUGAAUGAACACUGAAUGAAAUUAGAUAAAUAAAUUAAAAAAAAAUAUCAUCUUACCUUUUUUUUUCUUUGGCAUAGAGAUAAAACACUGCGAAAUAUUUACUCACGUACUGACCUCAGAUAAAAAUAAAGAAAACGAAGUUUCAUGGAUUGCAUAAAAUACUGCUGCAUGAAAAGCUGACAUUGCUAUUAAAACAAAUGUUUUAUGUAGUUAUGCACUUCAUUAAGGCCUGUGGUGAUUAAACAAUAGCAAUAUGACCACCACAUAAGUAGUGUUUGCUCACCAUUGGACUAAAUUUCAUGUGCAGUGGUACCUCGGUUGAUUUCGUAGGAUUUGGAUGAAAAUUAUCGUCAAAAAUCUAUCUCUGUUUUCGUACAAUGUCUCGGUUAUCAUACGAGCAAACAGUGCGCUUAACAAAGUAGUCGUGCGUCCAAACAAAGCAUCCACACAUUGCUGAAAGCCAAAUGGAUAGUGGUUCUUUUAGAGUUGGGACACUAUAGACAGAUUCCAGCCAAGGAAUCCUUUAAUCAUAUUUAUUAUUUAUUAUGUAUGUGUGAGUGUUUUAUUUGCUCAUAGAACACACCCAAAAUGAGCAAGUCUGUAUCUGUCUCCUUUCUUCCUCCUAAUAAUCACUGUGCGCCCUGUGCUGAUGAGGUGUUCAAGUGCACUGCAUAUUUAGGCGAACAUGUCUGUGAUUUUUUUGAGAACUUUGAUAAAGAGUGCGAACCGCCAUUUAAUUCAAGAAGUAAGUAGGAGCAAAGUGGGAAGGUAGCGUCUGAAACAACAGGGUUGUGAUGUAAGGAUUCCUUCCUAGUUCACUAGUUAUGUUAUUUCAUGUCUAGAGGGCUCUAAUAAUGUUUUAAAAAAUGCAUUUAGGAGGUCGGAAACUGUUUUUCUAUGCUCUAAAUACGAAAAUAUUCCAUUUAGGAAUAAGGAAUCCUACUUGGCCAAAGUUCACAUUCGGGUCUGGAACCAAUUAACCACAAUAAAAAAGGCGGGAUUACUGUACUUCACUUUGUUGUCUGCAUGUAAAACUAUGCUUAUUCUCUCUAAAAUGUGUUUUUUGUUCAUAUUCUGUGGGUGUCUGGAACAGAUUAAUUGGACUGAUAUUAUUUCCCAUGGGAAACGUUGAUUCAGGUUUCGUCUGCCCUUUUGGAACAAAUGAAUAACAAAACCCGAGGUUCCACUGCACUGCAUGCACAUUUCAUUUGUUCUGUCACACAGAAUGUGAAGACAAGUCGCUUAAAAUACCUGUAGACAGCAGUCAGGCAGGAUUCUUUGCCGAGAAGCACUUCAGGCACUGGCCACAACCUUAGGUACACAUUCACACUAACACCCAAUAAAAAAACUGUAUGGCAUUUCAUCCUUUAUAAAAGUAAAGACACUGUCGCUGAGAGGUAUUAAUUGAACAAUAUGAAUCUUAUCGUCGCUCCAUCGACUCAUGGUGUGAAUAUUUUGCCUCUCAAGUCUUAUAAACUGAGCAUGCAUGAAUAUCUCUUGUAGAUACAUCUAUUCCAUCAUCAUUAGUUGAGUGGCGAGUUUAUUUUUCCACGUAUGUGAUUCUGCGCAUCUCGUUUGCCUUUCAAAGCAGUGCACGAGUCAAGUAAGAGCCCUCCCAGAGGAACUGCUGUCAAUGUUGUCGUAGCUCUCAUAACUACCGGCUGAGCUACCACGUUCGUGAUUCAUGCGUUAUUAUUGCAUAGCAUAUAUCCAGCAUGUGCGUGGAAUAGCAAUCUUUACACCGUGCUGAAGUUAAAGCGCUCAGUGGGCGACGGGCGGCUUACGUCACAAAGGAGUAAUAAAGCCGGCCGUCCUGGAAGGUGUGUUCUUGCUCGAUGUGUUGAAGAACGCCGCCUUGCUGCAGGCGUGUGCCGUAGAGUACAGCCUCACCUGCAUCCUGAGCUA